AUGAUCUCGGUACGUGAUCGAUUUCAGAGUUUUGAGCAAAUCCAUCAGAUGUACAGUCCGAAAGAUGUUCAAGCAGAUCCAAUGCCGCACUCUGAGAUGCAACACGCCUCAUCAACAUCCAAUUUGGCCCUGGAAACAGUUGAUGAAGAAGAAAUGUGUGCAACUGAUGGAGAAUGGAUUGAAUUAACAGAUUCAGAUAUUCAAUAUUUGAGAAUGGCUAAUCGGCCGGAGUUAGAAAAAUUUUUAGGGCAAGUAACGGGUAUACGAGAGGAUCUCAGAAACCUUCGAAGCAUUACCAGUAAGAUACGAAAAUUUCAUGAAAAACUCCGACACAUCAUUAUGCUUCGAGGAGCCGAGCGAGAUUUCGUGCGAAUGAUAAUACGAGAAUUGGAUCGAGAAGUUGAAAAAUUCCAAUCAUCUUCCCAGAAAAUUUGUCAAAUCGUUAACAAUAUGAACGAUAGAUUCAAACAAGAAAAUCGUCAGGAGAUGAGUCAAGCAGAGUUUAGAAUUCGACGAGAUCAGAUAUUGUGCAUUGUAGAGGGAUUGAAGACUGUGAUAAAUCAUUUUAAUUAUGAACAAAUCCAGUAUGAGACUGAGAAUCGUCAGAAGGCUGCUCGCUUAAUCAAAAGCCAAAGCUUAGAAGCUCAAUACUCCAACAGGAUAGAGAAGGAAGGGCUGCUACCAUUCAUAGCUGAUCAAAACAAUUUGCCAGCAGUGUUGGAUGAAAUUAAAGAUCGACAUGUAGCUUGCUUGAGACUUGAAGCUAGUACAGAUGAGCUAUCACAGAUGUUUCAUGAAUUGAAAAUUCAACUGGAAGUAGCCAAUCCAAUGCUGGAUGAUAUCCAAUGUAAUGUAGAACAAUGUGAAGAAUACACAGAAAGAAGUAUUGCGAAUAUUCACAAAAUUCGAAAAAAGAUUGAAACAAAACGGAAGUUGGAACGGGGAAUGACAGGAAUCGCACUGUUGAUCAUCAUCGGACUGAUAGGUGCUCUUCUAUUGAACUUUAGCGGAGUUAUAUUAUUAUUAAUAUUAAAAUAA